CGAAGGAAGAGGAGAGGUGCCCGCAGCAAAAAGAACCCUGCCAUCAGCAUCACAGAAAAUGUGCUGCAUUUCAAAGCCCAGGGGCAUGGUGCCAAAGGAGACAACGUCUAUGAAUUUCACCUGGAAUUCUUAGACCUUGUGAAGCCAGAGCCGGUUUACAAACUGACUCAGAGACAGGUGAACAUCACUGUACAGAAGAAGGUGAGUCAGUGGUGGGAACGGCUCACCAAGCAGGAGAAGCGUCCACUGUUUUUGGCCCCUGACUUUGAUCGCUGGCUGGAUGAAUCGGAUGCUGAAAUGGAACUCAGAGCCAAGGAGGAAGAACGCCUAAAUAAACUCAGAAUGGAAAGUGAAGGCUCCCCUGAAACUCUCACAAGCUUGAAGAAAGGAUACCUGUUCAUGUACAACCUUGUGCAGUUCUUGGGGUUCUCCUGGAUCUUUGUCAACUUGACAGUGCGGUUCUUUAUCUUGGGAAAAGAGUCCUUUUACGACACUUUCCACUCGGUGGCCGACAUGAUGUAUUUCUGCCAGAUGUUGGCGCUUGUGGAAACCAUCAAUGCAGCAAUCGGAGUCACUAGCUCGCCAGUAUUGCCUUCUCUCCUCCAGCUUCUUGGAAGAAAUUUUAUUUUGUUUAUUGUCUUUGGCACCAUGGAAGAAAUGCAAAACAAAGCUGUGGUUUUCUUCGUGUUUUAUUUUUGGAGCAUGAUUGAAAUUUUCAGGUACCCCUUCUACAUGCUCACUUGCAUCGACAUGGACUGGAAGGUACUCACCUGGCUUCGCUACACCGUGUGGAUUCCCAUCUACCCUCUGGGAUGUUUGGCAGAAGCGGUCUCCGUGAUCCAGUCCAUUCCUGUGUUUAACGAGUCAGGAAGAUUCAGUUUCACAUUGCCAUAUCCUGUGAAAAUCAAAGUGCGAUUUUCCUUUUUCCUUCAGGUUUAUCUUAUCAUGUUAUUUUUAGGGUUGUACAUAAAUUUCCGUCACCUUUAUAAACAGCGCAGGAGGCGCUAUGGACAAAAAAAGAAGAAGAUCCACUGAGGAGACUCAGAUAGACAGCUUCUUGCCAGUUUGAGCCUCAUCUGUGAUUCUUACUGUUUUACCUGGUACUGAUGUAAGUUUUUUUUUUUUUAAAGUUCAAACACAUUUUCAGUGAGUCCAUCUUUCUUCUUUCCCCGUAACAUUCCUGAAUUUACUGUAUUGUUAGUGUAGGACUUGCAUGACACAGAUCCUCACCUCUGACAACAGGUUCACUCUUGUGUAUUUAAUGGCAACGAAGCCUCCACCCUGGCUGCUUCUUGUCAGUGUGUUAUGUACACGCCAGGGACGGCUCCAAGGCCCUCGCCCUCCAAGGCUUUGCGCAUCCUUGCAGUUAGGAUUUGCGCUAGUCAGCUCUUGCUUUUUGUGAAAAAAGUCUAUUAAUACUCUACAGAAGGCCGUUGGAAAGGACUGGGGCAGGACUGUAUCUGAGGGGUUCCUUUAGUAGUGGAGUGUUAUGGACGUUUCUGGGGAACACUGAACAGCUGAUAUCUAUUGGCCUAACCACAUCUGUCACUGCAGUGCUUACUUGUGUGGGCAGGGACGAGGCCAAGCGAGUUAAGAGAAACCAAUCAGAACUGUGAUCACUUCCUUCUUAGCUAACUCCUUUCAACACUAGACAAAGAGGGGCUAUAACAUAGAGGCUCUCAUGAGAUUACGAGCGUCCCUAGGCUACACUGGCAGGAAUCAGUUGCUGGCAGUGCAGCCUGGCAGACAGGAAAGGUCAGAGGCUAGACGUGCUCAUGCUGCCAGGCUGCUUCUCUCAGGCUCAGUCCCUACGUGAGUACUUUUUUGUCUGAGAAGUGGCACACACAAUGCAUUUUCUGAACCUCAAAACACUAGCUUUUUUUUUUUAACCUGUCUGCAGUAGGACACAGAGCAGGAACUUUGGGAACAACCAGCUGAUCCUUAUCAAGGAUUUCUGGCAGGAAACCCACCAAAAGACGACCUGAGAAAAUCUAGACAUUAUAGUAAAAAAAAAACAAAUCAGAUUCCUCCAAUACAUUCCAUGUAGACCAAAUAAAAGUGUUAGAAGUAACACUUGUCUGAGGAGCUAGGGCCUGGUAGCUCUCUCCUGCCAUCCCCAUUGUUCUUGGGGGAAGGAGACUUGCUGAACUGUCCUGUUCCACUGAGCCUAACCCGGAAGCCUGCUGUGACCUAAACCAUUGAUUAGUGAUGGGCAUACACUGGCUGUUACUUGAAAAGUUCUUGGCACCUGGCAGGGAAGGGUGCUUGGCACGUCUGAACUCCUGUCAGCACUUGUUCGUUUUGAUUCCUGCUGUCCUUCAGCUCUGUGAUCGGGCUUAUCAGCUUUGCAAUGGAUUUCGCUGAGUCCUUGUGACAAAAAUCCUGUAUUCUUUGCGAGUGUUAAGAUCCUUCCCCUUUAUUGCUGUCUGAAAAAGUGAAAGAUUGUGUAUUUCUAUUAAAACAUUUACAAUCAAAAUUCUGA